UUCAAAUCCAGAAAAACACGGUCCUUAGAGGUGAAAGACAGCGCGAGUCUCAAAGGCACCUGGAUAAAUAUUUCUGUGUAACGCGUAACGAUUGUAUGGCGCAGAUUAAAGUCAUUUUCUCUAAGGGCGAAUGAUUUUCCCGGCUCAAUAACCCGCAGAGCUGCACCUCUCUCUCUCUCUCUCUCACUCACUCACUCUCUCUCUCUCUCUCUGUGGUCCCUCCUUUGAGACCAGCGCACAAUCAACUUGAACCAGACCACGCCCCCCUCUUUAUUCUGGGAGAACUUAUCUGCGUCUACGUGUUGAUGUCCUGCACACUGAAGUCGAGCUCAGACCGGAGUAAGCAUCGCAAUAACUUCUACCCAUGCUGAACAAUAUUGCAUCUGGCGCGCGUAUUGUUUUGUUGACAAGAUGGAUUUGUUAGACCGUGGAUACUUGGACUCUCCGUACAACUACACCUUCAAUUUCUGGAACGAUUAUCUUGGUUUGUCGACCCUCGUUGCCAAAAACAAGCCAACAAGUCCAAACUCUAUCACGGAGUCUCUAAAAGCUACGUUGGGUUUGGAUGAUGAGUCGCCAAUGUGCCCGUGCGUAACUGGGCACGGCCGGGACAGCGAUGGCCACGCUGAAUGCUGCUGCGCGCCUCCAAGCUCCCCUCCGCUUUCUAUCUACGACCUAAAAGAAACUCUCCUCCGGCCCUACGAGCACGACUCCCCGCUGUCAGACCAAGAUUGUCCCGGUUACAGAGGCAGCUUCACCGGGUUGGAUCUCUUCUCUAGGCGCAAGCACUUCCAAAGGUGCAAACCAGAGCCCAAAGUGUGCGUGUUUUGUCGGAAUAAUGGCGCACCGGAGGAGGUCUACGGCACUCACAUCUUGAAGACGGUGGACGGGAGAGUGCUGUGCCCCAUCCUGCGCGCGUACACCUGCCCUCUCUGCAGCGCCAACGGGGACAAUGCGCAUACAAUUAAGUACUGCCCACUGUCCAGGGACCAGCAGAACCACCGAGGCGCGCCCAAGACUGGCAGAGCUAUCGGCAAGAGACUUAAAAUCUUCUAAAGUUCAACUGAUAAACACACUGUGCGAAGUUUCUGAGCCUCAUUUGAUGCUCAAGCCGGUCUUCUUACAUCAGUGACGACUAAAAACGUAAUAUAAAGACGUUUUGCCAUUUCCAAAUAUAUAUUUUUUGCAACGAUAGUGUCAUUUUUAGCUUACAAAAAUAACACCUUUAUACAUGAAUGUGAAGUUGACAGUCUAACUAUAAGGCCACCAAGGAAACUAUUAUUCCCUAAACUUCAUUGGAGAUGUAAUUUAAAAAUCUUAAAUAUUAGAGGCUAUAAUACUUACACGUUGUUUACAUUAAUGUAUAAAAUGCUGAUAUGGACCAUGUUUUGCUUGAGAUUUCUUCAUAAGCCUAUAACAGCACAUGAGAGAAAAUAAGCUACAUAGUUUUAGCACACACUUGAUGAGAAUUAAGUUGAAUUCCCCCCCAAUAGCACUCAAAAUGUAUAAAUGAACCAAAGUACUGUUUACGAGUCGACGUGUGAAUGCCCACUUUCAAGCUGUACCCAGAAGUAUCCGUGUUGUGCCAGUGCAAACAGUUCUGCGCAUGUCAGCAGCUCGCGCAACCUUUUAGUGCGAUGCCAACGUAAAUGAAUAUGCAGCGCUUCUAAUACCGUGAAUGUUUUUUAAACCAAGAUGUCCGCCUAUUUGAAUUAAUAUAAAUAGUUAAAUUGAGCACAUGUUUUUCAAAGAUUGGGUUUUUCUACCAAAGCUAUUCACUUUUUGAAUGGAGAUUUGCCCUGUAUUGUUUGUAUUGGAUGUCUUUUAGUCCUAUGUGAUCAAUGUGAAUAUGCCUACUUUACAAAUGAACUGAAUGUACAAAACAACGCUUUCUUCUGCAAUUUUUGUAUCAUAUGUAACUGUGUGAAGAUUUUAGCAAUGAGAACUGGAUAUAUGUACUUAUUUUUUACCUUAUUGUAUCAAAUAUAUUCACUGUAAAAUUGAAUAAACAAACUUGCUUUUGCUUA